ACUUAACGCAGAACCAGCUGCUUACCGAUGGUUAUUCAAAAAAUUGUUGCCUGAUCAACCUUAUACCCUAAGAUCACGAGAUGUUGGUCUUCUGUGAUAUUUUUGAUUUCAAAAUACUUAUAUUUGCCUGUUUAUUGGCAUUUUUGCCAAAUAAUUUAGCAAACAAUGUAAAUGAAGGUGCAGAAUCACUUACUCAACAGAAUAUUGACAUGACGCUUGCAUCAAAUGAAUUGGUAUUUAUAAAUUUUUAUGCACAAUGGUGCCGUUUUAGUAACUUGUUAGCACCUAUUUUUGAAGAAGCUGCAACUAAAGUAAGAAAUGCAUUUCCUGAACCGGGAAAAGUGGUAAUGGCAAAAGUGGAUUGUGACAAGGAAUCCUCCAUUGCUUCAAGGUUUCACAUUACUAAAUAUCCAACAUUGAAAGUCAUAAGAAACGGUCAACCAACAAAAAGGGAAUAUAGAGGUCAAAGAUCUGUAGAAGCUUUUGAAGAAUUUAUAAAGAAACAACUCGAAGAUCCGAUUAAUGAAUUUGAUGAUUUGAAGGAUUUAAAUAAUUUAGAUGAUAAGAAACGAAUGAUUAUUGGAUACUUUGAUAGGAAAGAUGUUCCUGAAUAUGAAAUGUUUAGGAGGGUUGCUACUAACCUUAAGGAUGAUUGCCAAUUCCAUGUCGGCUUUGGGAAUUCAAGCAGAGCUAUGCAUCCCCCAGAAGAACCUAUUAUUGUCUUCCGUUCAGAUAAAGCACUUUCUAAUGACGAGGACGAGACAUACCAUGGUAGUUUAAAAAAUUUUGAUGAAUUAAAUGUUUGGGCACAAGAGAAAUGUGUUCCUCUGGUCAGGGAGAUCACGUUUGGAAAUGCAGAGGAAUUAACAGAGGAAGGUUUACCCUUUCUCAUACUCUUUCAUGCACCUGAUGAUAUCGAGAGUGUUAAAAUGUACAAAGAUGUAGUCGCGAAAACAUUAAUCGAUGAGAAACAGAACGUCAAUUUCUUAACUGCAAAUGGUUUAAAGUUUGCUCAUCCUCUUCAUCAUUUGGGGAAAACUCCAGCAGAUUUGCCUUUAAUCGCGAUAGAUAGCUUUAGACACAUGUACCUGUUUCCAAACUUCCAUGACAUUCACGUAGAAGGGAAACUAAAGGGUUUUCUACAAGAUUUGUAUUCAGGAAACUUGCAUCGCGAGUUUCAUUAUGGGCCAAGUCAUAAUACCAACGAAGUACCACAAAUUGUCGAACAGAUUAAAGUACCGACAACGCCGCCAGAAUCCUCAUUCAAAAAACUAGCGCCCAGUAAAAACAGGUAUACAUUACUCAGGGACGAAUUAUAAUGAUAUAGUGAUACAAUAUCCAGAUAUUAAGAUUUUUACAAUUUUGGUUAAUCAAUGUGUUAGUUACUUUACUUGAUGAAAUCCAAAUUUAUUGUAUUAUUAAAUUGAAGUUCUAAUCGAGUCACACUUGCGUGUAAAGUAUCCUUAUCGUUUACACAGUAUUCUUGUACAAUUAAACGAUUAUUUAAUGUAUUUUAAAAGGGAAAAAAAAUUUCUGUGGUCAAUUUCAUGUUAACAACUCCGGAGAAAGUAUGCAUAAUUGUCUCUACCAAAUGUUAUAUACAUAUUAUCUAAACUCUAACCUGUAAAGAAUUGAUUACUAACGAACACGCAUAAUCAAAACUGUCAUAGAGGUAUCGUGAUUUCAAAUAGUAAAUUUUUAUCCUAUUUUUCCAUCACACGUGCUUUUUAUAUCAACUUUCCUUUCUUAUUGAACGUAAAGAACGGUAACAAUUCUUAACACGGAAUCAUUAUUGAAUGCUAGAGGUCGUUGUAUCUCCCUGUGUCAAUAUUCGUGGUGAUUAAUUCGUAGCACUUAACUUGUAACGCGUCAUAAUUAUAGAAUACUGUUAUGGAAAAGUGAAUACAACAAAUGGGAAUUGCUCAUCCAUAGGCGAGGCAUUGUAAUAUAUCGUUCCAUAUAAACAAACAAUUUUAAGUUUUACACUACCAAAUGUUCUGCUAAUCGAUGACUGCGUUAACGGCCUUUGGUCCCACGUCGUUCUAUGCCUCUCGAUUUAAUGAGAAUUUAGUAACCCCAAGUUACUCAUAAUGCGGUAGUUACUUGUUUUAAAGGUUUUUUUUUUUUCUGGCACAAAACAUGAAAUCACGCGGUACGCGGUAACAUAAUGCUUAAGAGAUGAACGAACGUCGACGAGUAAUAGAUUCCGCGAAUAAUCGACGAGCCGUUGGUUCGACCAUGUUCGAUUUUUGAUAAUCCCCAAGCGCAUGAGUGAGUGAGGACUUUAGGUCGAUUGUUUUGUUUAGAGUAAUCGCUUCUUGGGCAAAGUAUUUUAGAAUCCACGCAUCGGUGAAUUUCAAAUGUUUAAAAUACUUGAAUAAGAAUAAGAUUAACGAUAGUAACUGUAUUCAUUUCGUACGAUAUAGCACUAAGAUACUCCUAAGAAGCUAAUUAAAGCAAAUUUGUAUGGAUGAAGGUAUUAAUUUUUCUGUUAAUAAAGAAUUUCUAAGUCAGAUAUGUACGAUGCUUUUACAUUAAGGGAAUUAUGUCACUAUAGGAGAUCGAAGAAAUUUAACUUUUUUCAAAUUCGUUUUCCAUAAGUAAAAAUUUUCGAGAAUAUUUCAUGUGAAAACUUAAAUAUAAAUAAUAGUAAAUCUGUUUGAGAGACAUGCCCGACCUAGGGAACCUGCAGUAAAGGCAAGAAAUCACUACUGCUUGAGGAUUUUAACCUUCAAUGAGCACUAUGCGUAUUGUAUAGAGUACAACAAAUGUAAUUACAAUAUAUUCUAGUAAAAAUGGCCGGUUGAAAGAUAUGCAGCGCCUUAGACAACACCGAUCAAAUGACGCUCAUCUCAUACUUACAAUAAAAUUUGUAUUCUUUAGGAUUACUAUUACUUAUUAAUACCUAUGCGUUAAUGCUUUUUAUGUACAUUUGAAAAAUAAUUACAAACUAUUUAACUAUAGUAUCAUAUGAAUAUACGCGUCAUAAUUUAUAAAAUGUAAUUCACGGAGUUUCCAGUGCUUUUAAUCAUUUGUGAGAAAUAGAGCCAACAUUAUGACUAAGUUUUAACCAAAGAAACGAUUCGAUUUAUCGAAUUCUUAGAGCAUAGAUCGGUAUGAGUUUUAUAUCACGGAAUACGAUCGAUAUUGUUUCAUCG